AUGAUUACACAAACCAAUGACUCUAACUUCCUUGACGUUAAUCACUCCAAACUCACCGAACUUAUCGAUUCCGCCGCCGGUCUUGAUAAACUCACCUCCAUCGAAUCACUCCUUAAAAACUGCUCCAAUAAAUACUCUGAUAUCCUCACACUCCUUCAAUCCAAUAUCAACUCACUCCUUCACGAUAUCCCACCCGAACUCCUACAACCCGACAGUGCCGUCGAUUCUCAUCAGUCUUCACCAUCGGCCGAGCUCGCCGCAUCCAACUCUAACAUGGCCGCCCUCUCCCUAGAGUUACAGCAAUUACAGAAUCUUUACGAGUCCCUCGACAUCAAUGUUCAACCCAUCUCCUCACUGGGACCCUCUCAUGUUGAUGCGUUCAUUGCUGUCGAUUGGCAAGUUCGACUCGAUGAGUUCAAUGCUCUACACCCUGACCUUGAUAACAUCGAUUGCGACAAACUCAAGAAACAGAAGGACAACAUCCUCUCUCAACUCCUUGGCAGUGACCCUCAACAGCUCUAUCAAGAAUAUCAGAACAACCCUAAGCUGCUUGAUACAUACAAUGCUUGGAAAGAACCACCCGUCAAACCCUGUGAAUGGUCCUUCAUAGAAGAAGAGCUUAAAUCACUCCCCUCCAACAUCCCCACUCAACCCUCCCACGACCUUGAAGCCCUACAGGCAUCCCUCACCGAUGUCCAAGAGCAGAUUAAAAACCAUCAUCUCACCAAACCCUCCUACACUCCCCCUCACCCAUCCUUCCUGACCCUUGAGAUUGACCUUGACACUGUCCAAGCACUCAUCCUACAAUCCUAUGGCAGCAUCGAUGAGUUCUUAGCGCAUUGCUCUAACCUUCCUGCGGUGAAUAAACCAAUCACCCCACGCCCUGACAUGGACGCCAUCACCCUCACCAAGGAUGCCUGCCUCUCUCGCAUCCUGAAGCGUCAGGCAAAGAUUGAUGAGUUAAACCGUCAGCUCAAAGAGGCCGAUGCUCGCUUCAACGACGUCGAUGAACAGCUCACCUCUCUCAACAACACACUCCGAGACCUUCACGCCCGUGCUGUCUCCAAUAAACCUAAUGUCUCCAUCGAUGAGGUCACACAGUAUGUUCAGAUGAUACAAUCCGACUAUGGCCGCAAAAAGGUCUCUGAUGCUAAGAAGAAGCUCAAGCGGCUGCAGCAGAUACUUGACAAGUUCCAAGAAUACCAUGAGUCUAUAGAACAGGAUGAACAACAGCUACAACGCCUGCAGCAGGAACUCUCUGUCUUCGAGGAUAACAAGGAAUAUGAAUACAACCCUAACUGCUCCGUCUGCCGCUCUAAACCUUGGGUCGCACGCAUCGCUGAGCUCAAGAACAGCAUCAAGACGAUUGAGAAGGCUCUGAAUAAACACCAGACCGCCCUUAAUAAGUACAUGGUCAAGUAUCAUGAAGGCGAUACUCAAGAUGAACUUUACCAGCUACAACAAUGGCUUGAUGAAUACGAUGAGGACAAGUACCAGUCCUAUUGUAGGCUGCUGAAGGAUUGGCACGAAUAUGACAAGUCCGCUAAGGAAAUCGAAGAAACCAAUCAAAAGACCGUCUCCCUACAGAAAGAUAAAGAUGACUUGAGGGCUAAACAACAGCAGCUACAAGCACUGCUACAAGAAUCCAAUGACAGGCUCUCUAAAUACCGAAGGAUGGUAGACACCAUAGAUGUCGCUAAAGAAUGGGAUGAUUAUGACGAGUUUGUGUUGUAUCACAAGCUCCUCCGUGGCCGCUUCGAGAAAGACCUUGACGCAUGGAAGCGGACCUUCUUCAACCUUGAUUCGAAGCUGAAUGGCAUUAACAGGGAUAUACAGUCCGUUCAUGCUUGGAACAACUAUGUCGCCAAUGUCAUCCCCAAACAGCAGAGAUUGGAUAGACUCAAGGCGCAAUACCACGAUUGGGAGGAGUACCGGAGGCUACACUCUAUCGUCCUCUCUAAGACACUCAUCGAGGACAUCCUGCCCACUCUUGGGGAAUAUGAGAUGAGGCUUGAGCUCCUUGACAACAUCAAGAAACAAGAGAAGCUGAACCUUAAGAGACGCAUUGACCUGGCCCAGAACGCAUUCAAUGAACACAGCAUCUCCCACGCAAGGCUUCAGGAACGCAUGGAGACACAUAACCGUCUGAAGGAGCAGUACCUCCUCUCUGUUCAGGCCGUCAAUCACCUACAAUUCGAUGCUGACCUCUUGAAAAUCGUUGUCAAUGACUUCAAGAACUAUAAAAAAUGGAUAUAUGAAAAUCACAUCCUCAAUCACAUCGUCGCAUUUGUUAACAAUGUCAUCAAGCUAUCUUGCCAUCACACCACCAAACCCUUCCAACUCCAUUUCGUCGUCGGAAACGCUAACGAGGUCGCCGAUGACCCUCAGUCAUUCAAGGGACGCUUUGACGUCCAUUGGUUGAUCCGUAAUCAUAAUCCCACCACCGAUUCUCAACCCACACACAUCGUCUCCGCUAAAUUGGCCUCUGGCUUCCAGAAAUUCAUCAUCUCUAUCGCCUUGCGAUUGGCCUUUACACGCUUCCAUAACAACCCUCCCUGUAAGCAACUCUUCGUUGAUGAGGGUUUCAUCGGCCUCGACCGCAAUAAUAUUACUAUGGUCCCCGGAUUCCUACGCAGGCUUCUAGAUUUCUUUGACUCCGUCAUCCUCGUCUCACAUAUCGAAUAUCUCCUCGAAAAUGUUGACGUCUCCGUUCAUAUCACCCGCAACCCCGACAAUCGCUCACAUCUACAGUUCGGACCACAACUCUCAUUUCACUAA